CGUUCAAUCUUUCUCCGUCGUCUUUCUCUACUGGUUCUAUGUCUUCUCAUAAAUCAUCUCUCCUUUAGCCCUAAUAUUAUAUAUAUAUCCUAUAACUAUAUACUAUACACAUAUAAACCUCUAUAAUAAGAUUACAUAGAUUUUAUAAAACCCUAACUUGGGUCCUGCGUCUUUUAUUUGAACUAGUAUAUUUUUCUGUGUGUGUGUUUUUGAUAUAUUAAAUAUGAAUAAAACUGAACUGGGAUCUCCCACAAGCAACUUGUCUAUCUCAACGACCGGUUUACAAAACUCCGGUUCGGAGUCGGAUCUCCGACAACGUGAUCUGAUCGACGAGCGGAAGCGAAAGAGGAAGCAGUCGAACAGAGAGUCAGCGAGGAGGUCGAGGUUGAGGAAGCAGAAACACGUAGACGAUCUAACGGCUCAGGUUGCUCAUCUACGUAAAGAAAACGGCCAAAUCGUCGCCGGGAUCGCCGUCACGACGGAGCACUACGUCACCGUCGAGGCGGAGAACUCUAUUCUCAGAGCUCAGCUUCUGGAGCUCAACCACCGCCUGGAAUCACUCAACGAGAUCGUAGAGUUAGUGGAGUCGUCUUCCUUUGAGAUGGAGACUGGUCAGGGAGGAGGAAUAGUUGAUUACGGCGGCGGAGGUGGUGGAUUUUACGACGGCGUGAUGAGUACUCUGAAUCUAGGGUUUUAUAACCAACCAAUCAUGGCCUCUGCUUCUACUGCUGGUGAUGUUUUCAACUGUUGACAUCAUCGUGAGUGUGACGAAUAUGAAUGACAUCAGGGGUAAGCAUGUAACUUUGUUAUAUAUGAUGUGAUGUUAUGUUUUUUUUUUUUAGUUUGUAAGAUAAAAAACAAUUAACGCUUAUUCAGUGUUUAAAAUUGUGAUCUCAUGAAGAUGGUGAUGUGAUUUUGCUGUAAGUGGGUGAAAAUGUU